AUGAACCCGAACGAGUACCCGAGGGUGGCAUAUGUGCCGGUGGCUUUACUUGGCAAGGAGUGGACAGAUAACGGAGGCAACGAGGGUCAACAGAACCAGCCGCCCUCCCAGCCGCCCUCCCAGGAAAAGAAUCAAGGGACUCCCAAGCAGCCUGACAUGGGAAUCCAGGCCCUGUACAAGAACCUCUUUUCGAACUUGGCAAAAAAGAAGUAUCAUCAGGCUGAUGGGUCUAAGUUGCCCGUUAAUCCAUCAACGGCAGCCAGUUUCCACCUACCCCAAGGCCCCCAACAACAAAACCCACCUACUUUCCAGCCACCCCAGCAACCGGCGCUUCUUAGCCCGCUGAAUCCACCUUUUGGCCCUCCUACGGGUCUUUUUGGUUCCCCUACGGGCUUUUCUGGUUCCGCUGUGGCUCCUGUUGCCCCCCCUACGGGUCCUUUCCCCUGGCCCUACGGGCCACAGGGUUCGUCAAUGACAAUGUCGUCGGCACAGUUCUUGGGGGCUUAUCCCCCAUCCAUCCCCUGUCAUACGACGGCGCCCAACAGCUUACAGCCGCAGAACCCGGGAUUUAUGGACUUUGGACACCCGCUUUUCCCCUCUUUCAGUGGCUGGCAGCCUCAGGGUGGUGGUCUCACGCCGCAGCAGUACCAGGCCGGACUCGCACCACAUCUUGGACUCACACCACAUCACCAGGGCCCGGGGCCGACUCUACCCACCAUGCCGUCGUUUCCCCAACCAAACGCGGCGGGCCAGGGGUUAGGAUCCCUCAGCCAGCAGGGGCAAGCACAAGAUGGAAACUAUCAGGGGGCCGGGGAGGAGCAAGGCGGCUCGGACUAG